GAAGGCCGGGCUAGAAGAGCUGGACGUCCAGGCAGGCGAGAGCAGAAGCUCGAGAGGAGGUGCGGCAACCUACCGCCACCACCCUCGAUAGGAGUAACCGGUGGCCUCUCUACUCUCCAGUUAGAAUCCCUCCGCUCUCUCCCCCCUACCGGGAGCCAAACGCUAAGCCUCGAGAAGAGGGAGGGAGGGAGGGAGGACGGAGGGUGUUAGCUUCGCCCAAGGUGGGAGCUUGUUUUCUCGCUUCGUCAGCCCGCGAGUUCGGCAUUUCCCGAGCACUUUUCGGCUUCUCUUUCGUCGGACUCGAGACGAAUUUGUAAGAAGAGGAGGUCCGCAUCUUCCCAUCAUGGUCGCCUCCGUUGCUGCCUCGUCCUUCUUCCCGGUCCCAUCUUCCUCCUCCUCCACCUCGGCUAAAGCUUCGAGAGGCAUCCCCGAUCGUUUGGAUGUCCGGGGUAGCGUGGCGAAGCCGGCAUCUUCUUCCGGGUGGAUGCAGGCCAAGGCAAACGCCCGAGCCAUCCCCAAGAUCGACGACACCAAGGUUGGCCUGCGAACCGACGUCGAGGGGGAUGCCGCUUCAACGGCGCGGAGGACUUCAUAUAACCAAUUGCCGGACUGGAGCAUGCUGCUUGCCGCGAUCAGGACCAUCUUUUCGGCCGCGGAGAAGCAAUGGACCCUGCUCGAUUCCAAGAUGAGGCGGGCCGACGCGCUCGCGGAUGCCUCCUCUGGGUCUGGGGUCGGCAAGAUGGUCGAGAAUGGACUUGUUUACAGGCAGAAUUUUUCUAUCAGGUCCUACGAAAUCGGGGUCGAUCAAAAGGCUUCGCUAGAGGCAUUGAUGAAUCAUUUCCAGGAAACGUCGCUUAACCAUUGCAAAUGUAUCGGCCUUAUGCAUGGCGGCUUUGGUUGUACACCACAGAUGACUCGAAGGAAUCUGAUAUGGGUGGUUACCAAAAUUCGGGUUCAUGUCGAUCGUUAUCCUUUGUGGGGAGACGUCGUUCAAAUAAAUACGUGGAUUAGUUCAUCUGGAAAGAAUGGUAUGGGACGUGAUUGGCAUGUUCAUGACUGCCGAACUGGCCGAACCAUUAUGAGGGGUACCAGUGUCUGGGUCAUGAUGAAUAAACACACGAGGAGACUGUCUAAAUUUCCUGAAGAAGUUAAAGCAGAGAUAAUCCCUUUCUUUGCGGAGCGUGAUGCUGUUUUGGACUAUGACGGCAGAAAACUUCCCAAGUUUGAUGAUGAUUCUGCAGUUCAUGUUCGAAGGGGCUUGACUCCUCGUUGGAGUGAUUUCGAUGUAAAUCAGCAUGUGAACAAUGUCAAAUACGUUGGCUGGAUUCUUGAGAGCGUUCCUGUGUGGAUGUUGGAGAGCUGCGAGGUUGCAACCAUGACUCUGGAAUACAGGAGGGAGUGUGGGAUGAAUAGUGUGGUGCAGUCUCUCACUGCCACCGCUACCGACAAUGCCGUCGGCUCCCCCAUUGUGUGCCAGCAUCUUCUGCGGCUCGAGGAUGGGUCUGAGAUUGUGAGGAGUCAAACAGAGUGGAGGCCUAAGCAGCAGGCUAGUGAUCUUGGGAACAUGGGUCUGCUCCCAACUGAGACUAAAUGAAGUGGAAGCCAUGAGACGAAUGCUCGAUCCUGGUUACAGUCGCAGUGCUCCAUUUGAGGUUGGGAAUUGGAAGGGAGUAUUGAGGAAGAAAUCAUAUGCUGAACAUCUCCCGAAAUGCUUGUGUAGACUAGGAAUCCUACCGUCGAGUUGCCUUUCUUUUCUCUAGUUUUUUCCUUUAUUGGGUUUUGGUGAAUAUUUCAUCCUUGAAGGCACGAUAUGUUGCUAUUGUUGACGUUCUUAGAUGGAGAAUAAAUGCAUUGGAUCCUCUAUCUGGCCUCUACAACCUGACCCAAUUGCAAUAUACUCUCUAAAGAGCUGUUUCACUUGA